AUGUCUGGCCUUCUCAGCUAUCUCGGAUACGGCGGGUCCUCGUCACCAACCCUUGAGGACAAAUCUUCAACACGAGCAUUGCCCUCGAGCUGGUACACAUCGCAAGAGAUGUACGAGCUGGAACGACGAGCGAUCUUCUCAAAGCAAUGGAUGCUCACAACACAUAAAGCGAGAUUCACCAACGCCGGGGACUGGCUGACCUACGAAAUUGCUGGCUUUGGAUUCGUGCUCGUGAAGGACCGCCAGGGGAACAUCAACGGCUUUCACAACGUCUGUAGACAUAGAGGCUUCCCGGUCGUUACCGGCGAGAAAGGAACUUCGAAGAUCUUUGCUUGCAAAUAUCAUGGCUGGUCGUAUGGCCUUAACGGGAAGCUGGCCAAAGCUCCUGGAUAUCAAGAACUCUCUGGUUUCGAGAAGGAACGCAAUGGUCUGUUUCCGAUCCAUGUCAAGAUCGAUAAGAACGGGUUCGUAUGGGUCAACCUCGACGGCAAGGAGACUCCAGAGAUUUCGUGGGAGGAGAAGUACCGAGGGAUCGAUGAGCAAGAACGAUACAAGAACCUCAACUUCGACGACUAUGUCUACGAUCACUCCUGGAAUCAGGAUGGGCCUUAUAACUGGAAGAUCUUGUCGGACAACUACAAUGAGUGUUAUCAUUGUGCGACGACACAUCCCGACAUCCCUGAGGUGGCGGAUCUACACUCGUAUUCCGUCAAGACGGUCGGUAAUGCCAUCAUCCACGACGGCGCAAGCACCGAGAAACAGAUCAGAGAAGGCCUCAACGUCGCCGCUACAUACUUCAUGCCCAACGCCUCGAUGAACGUAUCACCACACUUCUUCUUCAUCCAACGCUUCGUCCCGUCCGGCCCGACCCAAUCCUCCAUGCGCUACGAAGUCUACCGCAACAAAAACUCCUCCGACGCCGACUUCACCCGCAUCGACGCCAUGUACAAACGCAUCAUGUCCGAGGACAAAUUCCUCUGCGACCUGACGCAGAAGAACCUCAACGCGGGCAUGUUCGUCAACGGCGAGCUGCACGGCCGGAUGGAGAAAGGACCUCUCUACUUUCAGAAUUUCAUCCGCGAGGAGGUUAUGGCGCAUUGGAAGAGGGAGCAGGCGAGUAAAGGGGAGAUUUGGCCGGCGAGACAGCAGAUGCCGUCCACAGGGAAGGGGAAGGUCAGCCAGGCUGAUCUUGCGUUUUGUUCCGGGUUGGCGUGUAGUCCGCAGAAUCAGGAGGUGUUGGCUUGGUAA